GAGAAACGGUAGAUAAUAUAUGUGUGCACUUAGGGUUUGCAUUAUUUUCUAAUUGACGGAUGUUGGUAGAUAAUGAUAAACUCAGUGCAUCUUAUCACCUCACAGUUUAGCUUGCUGUCUAUCUAGGGACUGCUGUCAAGGGUGGUUGUUGUUAUAGUGAAUUAAAGCUUCAUGUGUCCAAUUGAUGUUCAUGAUCAAGCUGUGGUGAGGUUUGUCAGCGAGUAGCGGGACGGAGGGAGGCGGUGAUCCCUUUGUGCCGGGCCUCCUGUAGUGUCCUCCGCUGAAAUUAAUUACAGAAGACGUCCUUCAGUCCGACCCAUGUCCUCAAACACACACAACAUCAGCACAGACACACAGACUAUAAAACAUCACACCUGGAAUGGCCAUAAAGGAGGAGCUGAGGAGCCGUCAGUUCUGGCAGGGGAUUCUAGCAGAGACUCUUGGUUCCCUGAUCUUCGUGUCUGCUGUGUUGGGCUCUUUAGUGCCGGGGCCGGACGGGGCCUCCCCGGGGCCCAUUUACCCCGCACUGGCUGCUGGUAUGGCGACUGUGGUUCUGGGAUAUUGCUUUGGUGAAAUCAGUGGGGCUCAGGUGAAUCCCGCGGUGACUGUGGCUCUCUUGGCCACUCGUAAGGUGGAUGUGUUGAGGGCUGUGGUGUAUCUGCUCGCUCAGUGUUUGGGUGGGAUCCUCGCAGCUGGCCUCAUGUACCUCUCGCUGCCCCUGAAGUCCACAGCACAGAACUACAUCAACAAGGUCCCAGUGGAAAUGAACGCAGGUCAAGCUCUUGGGAUGGAGAUGCUUACCACGUUUCUCCUGGGUUUCACCGUAUUUUCUGUGGAAGAUCAACGCAGGAGAGAAAUAAAUGAACCAGGGAAUUUAGCCAUUGGGUUCGCUGUGACCACUGCCAUCUUUAUCGCUGGGAGGUUUUCUGGUGCCAGCCUGAACCCAGCUCGCUCUCUUGGUCCCGCUAUAAUACUUGGAUAUUGGGAACAUCACUGGGUUUACUGGAUCGGUCCAAUCUUCGGUGCAGUGCUGGCUGGAGUGUCUCAUGAGUUCAUUUUUGCCCCCAGUGCAUCCAGACAGAAGCUGAUGGCUUGUUUGACCUGUAAGGACAUUGAGAUUGUGGAGAUGGCCAGCGUGUCUCGAUCGUCCCUGUCCACUGUCACACAGAGCGCCAUGAGAAACAAACAAAGCAACAAACUGGAGCACAGCUAAGCUCACACUCACUUCUUUCAGAAUGCAGGUUUUUACGUCACU